AUGAAUCUUUGGCCAUGUGAAGAUUCAUCGCACCAACACAUUGACAUUUCACGUGUCAAGGCCAUGUGCAAAGGGAAAAUUUUUGUUCAAGUUCAUGCUAUGUGCGUCGCUGCUUUCCUUUUCGACGAUAUACCAGAAGACAAGAGUGAGGAGGUUUACGCGCCAAAAUGGUGGAAACGUUUAACAUUCCCACACAAUUGGACAAAUAUCAACUCUAGAACCAUCCGAAGGAAAGGCAUUUCUGUUUCUAUAGCUCGAUUCUCAAGAAAUGAUGAUGAUGUCAAGGUUAUGGCCUUGAAUGAAGCUCUUGAACGUUUGAAUGUCGAUUAA